GGGGGGGUGGUUGCGAAGAGGGGCAAGGACUACAUCCUGAAGCACGUCCCAAACAUGCACAAAGAUCAGUUUGCCUUGACGGCCUCGGAAGCCCAUCUCAAAUACAUCAAGGAGGCCGUCCGGCUGGACGACGUGGCUGUGCACUACUACAGGUUGUACAAGGACAAAAGGGAGGUGGAGGCCUCCCUGACGCUGGGGCUGACCACGCGGGGCAUCCAGAUCUUCCCGGGAGGUGUAUUAGAGUAUUUUUCUCUCCGGAGCUGAUGUUCCCCCUUUCCCACGCAGGGCAAGAAGUUUGAGAUCCUGCCGGACGGGCUGCCCUCGGCCAGGAAACUCAUCUACUACACGGGCUGCCCGCUGCGCUCCCGCCACCUCCUGCAGCUGCUCAGCAGCAGCCACCGGCUCUACAUGAACCUGCAGCCCGUCCUGCGCCAGGUCCGCAAGCUGGAGGAGAACGAGGGUAGCAGCUCCCACACCUCGGGUAUCGAGACCGACCCCAAACCCAGGGAGAUGGGGCCCGAGGACAGCUUCUCGGGCGCCGGCACCCACCGCAAGCUGAAGACCUGCAGCUCCAUGACCAGCCACGGCAGCUCCCACACCUCCGGGGGGGGGAGCGGGGGGGGGGCGGGCGCCCAGGAUGAUGAAAUCGAGAUGCUGGUGGAUGACCCCCGGGAGCUGGAGCAGGCUGGUGAGAUGGAGGUGAGCCCCGACAUGUGCGUCUACAUCACGGAGGACAUGCUGCUGUCGCGCAAGUUCAACGGGCACUCAGGGCUAAUCGUGAAAGAGAUCAGCUCCUCCACCUCCAGCUCCUCGGAGACGGUGGUGAAGCUGCGGGGGCAGAGCACCGACUCCUUACCCCAGGUACGUCGGGUUAUUUGGAGAUACCAGGGUGAAAGCUUGGAGCUUGGGGACUUCUUGCAGCUGGCCAACCUCUGCCAGGAUACGGCCCAGAGCUACACCUUCGGCUGCGCCCAUGGGCUGGAGGAGGAAGGGCUCUACUGCAACGGCUGCUUGGCCCAGCAGUGCAUCAACAUCCAGGAGACCUUCCCCGUCAAAAGAACCAGCAAAUAUUUCUCCUUGGAUCUCACCCACGACGAA